CAACUGUAAAGGUUCAACCAUUUUUUUGUUUACAUCUUAGUGUCUGUGGCUCCAUAAUUAAUUGUAGCUAUCUGUCUCCUAUCGAUGUGCUGUAAAGAACAUGAAAUAGUUGUUUUUUAUUAGCAGAGUUGCAGGCGUAAGAGAUUGAGACCCAACUGUGCUGCUGCUUGUUGUCAAUUUUACCUUGCGUGUGAUGUUGGAUAUGGGAGAACGGAAAGAAGUGAAAAUGAUUCCUAAAUCAUCGUUCAGUAUAAACAGUCUGGUGCCUGAAGCCGUCCAAAGUGACAACCACCACAGAACCGUCCACGAGGAAGAGGAGAAGAUUCCUUUACCUACCCUGGUGCAGGACCCAAAGUCGGAGAACAUUUGCACCAAAAUCGAAAAUUCGUCCAAUGAAACGACUUGCACUGACGAGAAGGAAAAACAGGAAGAGAAGAAGGAUAGCAAAGAGGGGGAGAGCGGUGGGAAAGAUGGUGAAAAGAAAAACGGCAAGUACGAGAAACCACCAUUUAGCUAUAAUGCUUUAAUUAUGAUGGCUAUUCGGCAGAGUCCGGAGAAACGACUAACUCUGAACGGUAUUUACGAGUUCAUUAUGAAGAAUUUCCCCUAUUACCGGGAGAACAAGCAGGGUUGGCAGAAUUCCAUCAGGCAUAACCUUAGCCUAAACAAAUGUUUUGUUAAAGUCCCGCGGCACUAUGAUGACCCGGGUAAGGGGAACUACUGGAUGCUUGACCCCUCGAGUGACGAUGUGUUUAUCGGUGGGACAACCGGCAAACUUCGCAGGAGAUCGACCACAUCCAGGGCAAAGUUGGCUUUUAAGCGAGGCGCUCGCCUUACUUCCACGGGGUUGACCUUUAUGGAUAGAGCCGGCUCUCUAUAUUGGCCAAUGUCACCGUUUCUUUCGCUUCACCAUCCGAGGGCCAGCAGCGCGUUGAGCUACAAUGGGACAUCAUCGCCAUACCCUAGUCAUCCUAUGUCCUACAGUACAAUGUUGACUCAAAACAGUUUGGGGAACAACCAUUCUUUCCCUUCUUCCAAUGGCCUGAGUGUUGACAGACUUGUGAAUGGAGACAUUCCCUAUGCCACUCAUCACCUAACCGCGGCAGCGUUGGCGGCCUCUGUGCCAUGUGGUCUAUCGGUGCCCUGCUCCGGGACUUACUCUUUAAACCCAUGUUCGUCCAUAAACCUCCUUGCAGGACAGACAAGUUACUUUUUCCCCCAUGUCCCCCAUCCAUCAAUGACCUCCCAGAGCAGCACUUCGAUGGCGGCCCGGGCUGCCUCCUCCUCCUCCUCCCCGCAGGCGCCCUCAUCUCUACCCUGUGAGUCCUUAAGGUCUUCUCUACCAAGUUUCUCUUCUGGACUUUCUGGAGGACUUUCUGAUUACUUCACACAUCAUAAUCAAGGGUCAACUUCAAAUCCACUUAUACACUAACAAAACAUCCCACGGGAGCAAGACUGUAAGUGAACAUUUUACACCCAUUUACAUUGUAAAAUAUAUAAAGAAAAGCGAAAUUAAACAAAGAGAAAACAAAAUGAAAGCAGCCCGAACUGAAGCCCAGGUAUUUUUUAUUAAUAUUCUGCAUUUAUUUCUCUGUACAUAAUGUAAUGUGUCGGGGAGUUGUUUAUUAUUCCACUGUCAGCAACGUGCAAUGUGAUACGGGAAAAAAAACGAAGAGAAAACGUCGUUUUUGGACUGAGAGGCAUUACCUUAGAAUGUUGUAUUUAAAUAGUGUCUGCAGAUUUGCCUAAUUUUAAUAUUAAGAAUCUUGUGAUCUAAUACCAUCACAUGAACCACCAGUCUCCAUGUUUGCAGUAUUAUCACGUAUCAUGAGUGCGCUGGUGGAAUAUGAUUGUUGCAAAGCAAUUCAACACUAAUUUUAAUUGUUUCUUUUCAAAUAAAUGUGUUUUUAAAAUGCAGAAUAACCAUACCAACCCAUGGCUCUUUGUUAUUUUGUCCUCUCCCAUAAUGAACAAAGUAGUAGGCUACAUUAUACUGACAUUACAUUUAUAUAUAGGCUAAUAUUUUCACAAUGUUAUUAUACUUUAUAGACCAAAGAAUGGGUUUAGAAAAAAUACUCGAGAAUUUCACUAUUCAACACCAGAACAGAUUCAGAAGGGGACAAAAUGAACGAAUGCCUUUUAACUUGUGUUGUGCAUAUUGUACUGUAUGUGGUCACCACCUGGUCACAUCCAUUUUGUAAUUAGUCAAAUGUCAAUAUACCUAUUGUAAUUAUAGGUUAACUUUGCGAACGUGUAACCCGUGUUGAGCAAAUGCCUCAUAAAAAUAUGGAGUGAUUGUUUAUGUCGUCUUUAAAUUUCAUGGUUGUGAUAUUGUGGUCUUAUUCCCGUGUUUGUCGCUAAAACUGUUUAUCGAACAAAAUAAAAUAAUAGGUUACGUCCAUA